UUCAUCUCGAACAUGAAGAAGUUUGCGAAGAAGGGAAUUGCCGCCGCGGCGGCCGUAAAUGACGACACAUUGGAACAGAACUGGGCGAUUGAGAGCGUCGAGGUCGACAACGACACCUCGGACGUGGAGGUUGAGGAUGAAGAGGAGGUUGAUGAGGACGGAGUGUUGGAGGUGGUCGACGAGGCCACCGCAAGCAAAAAGCGCGCCCGCGACACGGCCGCUGGCAACGACGAAGAAGGUGCUGCAGCCAAGCCAUUGAAGGCCGUCAAGAAGCAAAAGACGCUCAAAGGGUUGCAAAACAUGACACAGGCCGAGCACUUCAAGCUCAUCAACGACGUGUACUCCAAGCUGUACGGGGACAACCUGACGCCGCUGGAGAUUGCCAACGGACUCACAGAAGCGCACUUCACGGUCGUGCCUCAGUUCGGCAAGCACAACCUGGACAGUUUAUCUCGCUUUCUUCGUUCGAUCUGCCCCAAGUGGAAACUGCUCUUCAAAGGCAAAGGCAUCAAGGAUCAAUGCAGUCCCAUCCUCCUGAUCGUGUGCUCGUCGGCGCUGCGGGCCGUCGAAGUCGGCAAGGCCAUCGCUGUCUUCCAUUGCCACGUGGCCAAGCUCUUUGGCAAGCACCUCAAGCUAACAGAGCAAGUGGACAUGCUCAAGCAUUUCCAUCCCAUCGCCAUCGGCACUCCUGGCCGCAUUAAGACGCUGCUCGAGAUGAAAGCGCUAUCGCUGGCCCAUACCACCCAUGUAGUGGUGGACAUGCACCGGGAUUCCAAGCAAAUGUCGAUUCUCGAGCUCAAGGACACGGCCAAAGACACGAUCGACGUCCUUCGCGAGCACUUGCUCGUUCCGCUGGCGUCGCAAAAGCUCUCGAUUGCGUUGUACUGAGUGUUUGUACCCCAACAUAUCCCAGUGCUCAUACUAUUAAUACUAUAUACUAUGACUAAAAAGUGCAAACCAAAUCGACAUAAAG